GCCAUCUUAGCUUACAGGAUCCUUCUGCUAAACGCCCCGCUUGUAUUGAAAUUAACGCGGGCUUGCAGGAAUUUUGGGUCUUUAUGUCCAUUAAGUACCCUUCAUCUCUUUUCAAUGUGUAGUUAGUGACAAAAGAUAUUGUGAAAAUGGCAUCCACACAGUUUUUGCUCGGUUUUUGCCUAUUCUUUGGAUUAGUACUGCUGACCUGCCAUGCCAAGCCUUAUCACCAGAGGUCCACAACAAGGGAACAUAUUCCGUCAGAUGAGCAAGAUGGCUCGACAGAUAAGAAGCCCCACCGAGUCGGGUUAAAGAAGGGGAAAUGGAUGUCUUGGGAUCCAGAUAUGUUAAUACCUGAUGAGAAUUUCAAAGAAAUCCCUAUUCCAGAUCCUUGUGAAAAUGUUUGGUGUCAUCAAGGACGUGUCUGUCAAGUAACAUCCAAAAACCGUGGAGUUUGUGUCUGCGGACCUCCAGACCUCUGCAAUGGCCAUCGCAAACAGGUGUGCGGAGAUGAUGGUAUUAUGUACUCAAGUCACUGUGAGCUACAUCGCAUGGCAUGCAUCAAGGAUAAACAUAUUGGAGUGGACCAUACCAAUAAUAUGUGCAAUCCAAAGUUAUUACUUAAAGCUGACCUUAACAGCCUAUGUGAGCAUUUCUGUCAUCUCCCCGAUGUCCAGCUUGAAUCUUGUAAUUGUCCCGGGAAAAGCCAAGUGUCCUCUUCCUCACAAGAAGAUGACGAAGAAGAAGAAAUGCAACCAACAGAUGAUAAGCCAAAGAUGAAAGACCCACUGGACAUGAUACAGGAACAGGAUACGGCACCUAAGGAAGAGAAAGUCUUGACAACAAUGCAGCCCACAGCUAUGACAAGGGAGCUACAAACAGAGCGCAUCAAUCAUUGUACCAAGAAGGAAUUUAUGGAGAUGAAAAAUAAGCUUCUAUCUUUCCAUUGCCAUAGGAUUGGGGAGGAGGAUUGCCCAACCUCAGAUAGUGGUGAUUUUAAAAACAAACCAUUCCUUGGUAAUGUCAUGUUCACCUAUUAUGACGGUGACUUAGAUGGUUUACUUAGCGAACCAGAGCUGGAUGCGGUGGAGAAGAAGGACCACUUGGAUAGAUUGUCCACGGAAUGCCAUCUCAGGGACCUGAUGGUAUUCGAUGAUGGUGAUAAGUCAAAGCAGAUCUCACAGGAUGAAUUCCUGAAGGCUUUCAAUGUCACCAAAGUACUUCUUGAUGAUGACAUCAAGUAUACAACAAUUGUCACGAAUAUCGGCAAGAGUUUGGAACUGCAGUGCGACAUCAGAGGAGCAGAGCAUAUCAUCUGGAAGAGAAAUGGAGCUGACUUGUCGCAUAUUGCAGACGAUUCCAUAUCAGUCCUCCCAGAUGGCAUUCUCUACAUUCACGAUGUGAACCUAGAACACAUGGGUAACUUCACCUGCGAAGAUAGGGAUGAGGAUCAGGUUGUUCAGACACACACUAUAAGAAUACAAGUCCCACCAAAAGUGAGGGUAGCCCCUAUCCCCCAUGUCUACCCAACUGGAGCAACCGUGACCCUCCGCUGCCAUGCUGAUGGCAUCCCUGAGCCUAAGAUCAUCUGGGAAAAGAAUGAAAGAGAAAUACCAAGUUCACAGGACGGCAAGAUCUAUCUUAGAGAAAGAAAAAACACAACUUUGCUGAUUCAGAGCGCAAACUUUAGCACCGAUACCGGAGCAUACAAAUGCCGAGGGUUAAAUGCUGCUGGAGAAGGACAAGAUAUCUCGACAGUGUUUAUCACUGAUGCCAGUGAGAAAAGACUACCAACGAUCUCAAGUUUCGAGAGAUUUGUUGUAUUCCACGACAACGGCUUCACUGUCUACGAGCCAGAGUUAUGCACGACAGGCCACCAAGUCACAUGGAGCUAUUCCUACUUCAAGGGCCCAGAUGGAGGCAUCAGGACUCUCUGCGAGGCAGAGCAUGAGUGUAGCUGGGGCUCGGCAGCCAAUAUUCAGAACAGAUAUCUCUAUGUCACCCAGCCUAAACUCAACAGAGUGAUCGUCAUCAGUGUCCAGAAUGGAUUUAAUCCAGUUGAGGUGAUCAACUCGGACAAGGUUCCAGUCUCCAUCCAUUACAUUGAACACCUUGACCAGGUUUGGGCUCUGUGCUGGAACACUGAUGAAAACACCGGAUCCAAGACUCUCAUGGUCAUAUCAGAUGCCAGCAAGGAUACUAAACAUGAGGCCAUUCAUACAAAACCAGUCGGAAAUCAUUUCGAUCUCGUGAAGGAUGUAUUCUUGCCUCCAAGUGACGACCUGAAGCAUAAGUUCCGCCACGGAUACGUCGCUCACUUUGAGCAACAGGCAUUGUACAAACUCGACCUGAGCAAGAUGGCAUACGUAAAAACCAUUGAUCUGCAUUCUUACAACUGUAUUCCUAAGUCAGUUGGUUUUGUCUCUCUGGGUGGCUUCGUUCUAAUCCAGUGUGACACCCCAGCAGGCUUUGAGAAGAGGACCCUUCAGCUGGUAAUGGACUAUCUGACGGACACAAUCACAGCAAAGACAACUGUCCCUGGGAGACCACAUGUCACUCCUGAUGCCAAAUACAUUGUGAAUGUUGACACAGAUAUUGGUGCGAUAGCAGUUCAGAAGAUGUCUGAUGAUGGCAUAUUGACAUACAGUUUUGAUGAGUUUACAAACCUCCACAUCAGCGAUGUUGCCUUCUUCCCCUCCUCCUCAGGGCAGGGUUAUGACUUCUUUGCCACAUCGGUCGACCAGAACAAUCUCAUGUACAUCAACCUGGACACUGGCCAUGUCGAACUAAUCGAAGGUGUUGGAGAAUCCAUCCGACCUGAAAAUUGGAAAUGGAACCAUGAGAACCGGGCGAUUAUCAGCAGCGGAGUGUUUGGAAAAUACCUUAUGACACCAUCAGGAACGUCAAUGAUAAUAGUUGAUGGACACAGACGUCACGUGCAAUGCGAAUUACCGGACGUCAGCCGUGGUAACGUCAUAUUAUGGGUGGAGCCGAUAAGUUUUUAAAAUGAAGUAGAGACUGGAUUUUGCAAUUUAUUUAAGAAAAGAGAUUUCGGGUCAUUUGUACCAUUCAUACAAGUCAGCAAGCAAUGUUUGAGUAAAAGGCUAUGGGAUGGCACACCAACUUUAACACCAGAUUCCAUAUUUGUGUGUGUCGAUCAUUGAACAUUAUUGCGAUAUGUCCAUGCAUCAACGUUUGUUUACAUUAAUUCUAUUGAUAUGCGAGGAUGUGCUAGUUAUAAGAUAGAUCAAUGUAUGUAUAUCAUGCACCUACAUUAUGUAAUUAUUGAGCUAAUUAGUAUGGCCGUUGAAAAGUUAAUGGUUAGCCUAAUGUGGUGACAGGUCAUGAAAUAAUGGUAUUCAUGUUUGUUCUAGUCUGGUUUGAAAGUUUUGUGGAAUUUUGCACAAAAAAACUGAAAUAAAAAAAGGCAAUUUAAAGCCCUGGAGCAUUGCAUUGACCGCUGAAAUGAGUUUGUAUUUUUCAAUUGCCAGUACUGAAGGAGCUCACUCACACUGCCCGAUUGUGCAGCAUAUUAUUUGUGGCCACUAACACAAAGUCUAUGAUUCUCAAAACACCAAAAUAAAGGGCCAUAUUGUAGCCUAACUAUUGUUCUUGUCUAUAUGUAAAUGAGUCAUGAAGGCACAGGGAUGCCCCAAGUGGUCGAAAUCGCAUCCUCUCCGAUAACAGUGGGUUGUAUUUAUCUAAACUGUCACUAGUGUUUUCAGUGUUAACCCUAUUCAAAGUAUAGAAAUCAGUUAUUAUGAUUUACAUUUUGGUGAUUUCAUUCACAAUUAUAAUGGGGUAGCACAAGUGCUAUUUGUAAUAAUCAUGUGAUUUCAUAGCAGACAAAAAAGACCAUUUCACCAUUUAUUGUAGGAUUUACCUCAAACUCCAGCAAUGAAGAUGAAUUCAGCCUCGUUGGCUGAUUCUCACAUUGGUGUAAGAGGAAAGGUCAGUUCAGUAAGUGAAGUGGAAAACAGUUUGGGCUUAUGUCGGGCGGGGGGGGGGGGGAUAUAAAUUUAACACAUGAAUUACAGUGUAACUUCGAUUGGAAUCUACAUGUUGUAUCUCUGUACAAAUCUGUAGAAUUUUACACUGUAUUACUUGGUGUGUUGCUUAUAACGGUUGAGCAGUCAUAUUUGCACCUUUGAGGUGGAAAAUCAGCCUGGGAAAAUACUCAUGAAAUGUAAAAGAAAUUUGGAUGUAAAAUUGUUAGAGAUUAGAGCGGUGUUAUUUGAUAUCUCAGUGUCUAGGAAUGAUUAAUGAACCUCUUUAUACAUAAUUAAAGAAUAACAAAAUUCGAAAAAUUGGUUUGGAAAAAAGUAUCUUUCCAGCCCUAGUACCUCUUAAUGUAUGAUGAAACAAUUUGACUUGGAGUGAAAUUAAAAAAAAAAAAAUUGUGACAGGCCAUUUACAUCCCUAGACGCUGAGAAAUCUAUCAUCACCAACUCAAUUUUCUCAUCUAGUCUGUCUCAUAUCUUUUUGGUUUUGUACAUUCAAAAAUUAAUAUUCAGGAAAAUUACAUUGCUUAGUGUUAGUUUUUAUACUAGGCAGAGUAUAUGAGAAGAUUGAGUCUCGGUGUGGCUUUUGUCAUUAUGUAAGAUGUCAAAUGGUAUAAGUGUAAACGAUGUAAAAGUAUGGUUUGAUUUAUACUCAAUCAUACAAAGUAUUUAUAACUUAGUCCAUAUUGUUGUUAGCAGACUCUCUCAGUCCUCUCUGUAGUUUAAAAUAUAGUUAGAAUUGUUAGAAUUUCAAGACUGUGAGGGAGUCAUUUCCUGAUGAGAGAAAUCUAAAUUUGUGAAAAAAUCAUGCAUUGUCAAUGUAUGAAAUUGACUAUCAUGUAGCUGAUAGAAAGGAUAAGGUUUCUAGCCACUACAUGAUGUUUUUCAUUCCUGAUGGUUUUGAAGUCUAUAGUGUUAUCAUUAAGAAAUAACGUGUUUAUAGCUUCAAAGGGAUGAAGUUAAAAAAUACCAUGAUGGACCAAGACAAAGAAACCAACUGCUGUCCAAUUGACAUAUCAUCUUGCACUGGUCCUAGUAUGCCUUGUAGGCCAUCUUUCUCGAACAAAAAAAAGUUAAAAAAUGUAACUGUCGUAUAACACAUGUCAGCCAUGCGCCAGGAGGUGGCACCCUCACGUCUGGAUCACCUGCAUAUAUGCAACAUAUUAUCGUGGCCGAACCAGUUUUGUGAGCUGGUGAUCAGUGCGUGUUGUAUUCACAUCGCUUGAUUUUAAAUCAAUCCUUAUAGCAGCAGGUUCAUCAGUUAGGUAAGACCCACUUGCAGAGAAUCUCAAAAGAGCGGCAUAUAAAAGAAAAGGCCCUUGACAACCUUUGUCUCAUUGUGUUAAUACGGCUUGUUCCUUUGUAAUACGGACAUACUUCUCCAACUAAAAGGGGUGACUACCUCAGGCAUGGUAAAUCUGUCUCAAGUUAUAUGGACGACACCACUGGGAGAAAUCUGUCUCUGAUUGUCUAGAAGGCUGUAUUUUUUCCUCCUAAGGUGGAUCCUCUUGUUGGUAUCUUUAAGUAAACGUGUCUCAUACUGGCCAGAAAAUUGCCUUCAGUUCAGGAUGUUGACACCUCUUCUAAUAUCUUCCUGUCUUGGCGGUCAGGAAGACUGACUUCUCCAAAGAGUUCUGGUAUGAUGGUUUUUGACAAUCUUAACACUUGUAGCUUAACAGCGAAUAAAUCUUUUGAGAAUUCUCUGCAAAUGGUUAAUUCCAUUCAAACGAUACCGGGGGUAGCAAUGCUUUACUUUGUAAAUAUACUUUCUAUGUGCUAUAGCUUUGUUGAGUCCCAAUCACCUGACACUAAUGUAGUGAGUGCCUAUAUAUUUAUCUUAAACGAACGAAGAUGACAGUUCAAGUUAGAAAAUUUAUAAACUAGUCUUACUGUUUCUAUGUGCCAAGUUUGAAGGGACAAGAAUGUUAUUUCGAACAAGGGGCUACAGAUAAUGUAAAUAACUGCAACCAGGGGACAGUAGCUGGUACUAUGUUUGCUAACCAUGGAGAUCCGGAAGACAAAACACCUUGAGACUACAGGUACUACAGGUAGGCAAGUCUUCUGGCCAAACAUGUGUAUAUUAUCUUUCACCCAUACUUUUUGGGAUGACAUAUUUGCCCCUUUAGGAAGUUGUAAACAUAUAUGCUAAAUGCUUGAACUAUUUAUUUAAAAUAUUCUGAGCCACAUCAGCAUUUUGUACACCAAGUAUCUUUUAUUAAGUGUUUGUUAUCAGUUGUGUUUUAUAUGUGAGAUAUAUUGUUUUCAGCUUUUUUCUCGUUGGUCAUCCUGAUUGAACAAUGUGCGUUAUUUGAAUAUGAUCAGAUAAAAGUCUUGUGCACAUGAAAGAAGAUGACAGUUUUCCUUAAAGUUUGGUGAUAUCCUUGUCUGUCCAGCCACAUCAGAACUAUGUCAAGUAUGAAUAGAUAAACACCAGCGUAGAAGAGUGUGUCUAGUUUGCGUAGUGGUGCCACUGUCUUCGUUCCAAGUCAUGGAUGGACAGUGGACAAUCUUAUGAAAUUGCUAUGGCUGCAGGGAGUGAACAUGUGCAUCGAAAUAGCAUGGUGUAACAUAACGAAAUGUGUAACUCUGUACUGGUCAAGAUUUGAUGGCUGUGUGAUCAUUUAAUAAAGCUGAGCUUGUGGUAUUUA